AUGAUCAAGGACCCAAAUAUAUCCGCCAGAGCUCAAACUCAGUAUAUUAUGAGAUCGACUCUCAACCAACUGCCAGACGGUCGGAAACUACGAUUUACAGAAAAUGGCACUUUCCAGGUUUCUGUCUUCGAGGAUUUGCACUUCGCCGAAAAUGCCACACGGGAUGCCAUGACGAAAGAAGUCAUGGCAUCUGUUCUCUCAGAGGAAAAUGCACAGCUAGUGGUUCUCAACGGGGACUUGAUAUCCGGCGAAGCCGUGCAGAGUUCUAACUCUAGUCAAUAUCUUCACGAUGUUGUAUCCCCUCUGGUCAAUACAGGAAAAUUAUGGGCAUCGACCUAUGGAAAUCACGACAGUGAGGUGGCCUUGGAUCCUAUGAAGGAUAUCUAUGAACAGGAGACACGAUAUCCAAAUAGUUUGACACGGAGCAUGGUUUCUGCGCCCAAGGCUGGAAUCACGAAUUACUAUUUGCUGAUCUAUCCCCACAACCGCAAAACAAGUACCCCCGCACUCAUCUUGUGGUUUUUUGAUUCAAAAGGCGGUCAUUAUGCAACAGAUAGUGCGACAGACGGCAGCUCAGUCGCAAGGGAAGAUUGGGUCAAUGAAGAUGUUGUUGAAUGGUUCACGGAAACAAACGCGAAUUUGACAGCCACGUAUGGUCAAGUCAUUCUAUCGCUUGCAUUCGUUCACAUUCCCACCCAUGCUAUGCUUAAAUACCAAGAAGAAGGUGUAGACUCAAACACAACUCCGGGAAUCAAUGGUGAAAGUGUGAUGUCGCAAGGUUCCGGGGACAAUGACUAUAUGGGACAAGAUCAACUAUUCAUGCAGGCUCUUCUUAAUACCAGCGGGCUAGUGGCUACUUUCAGUGGCCAUGAUCACGAAAAUGACUGGUGCUUUAAAUGGGACGGUCGGGUCAUUGAUCAGAAUCUGACUGGAAAUGGGAUUAAUAUGUGCUAUGGUCGGCACACCGGAUACGGAGGAUAUGGUGAUGCUACCCGUGGUGGACGUCAAAUCUUCCUGAGUCAAGAAACCAUGAAAGAUGAAGUCAAAACGUGGGUUCGGUUGGUGGACGGUACCAUUUCAGCGCCAGUCACGUUAAACGCGACGUAUAACCAAGAUCGAUAUAUGACCGUGCUAAGGAGAGCCCUAGAAACUUCGGGAGGCCCUAGUGUCUGUGACCGAACAGCUUUACUUCUGCUUGUCUAUCUUUGGCUUCCAAUAUUGUCACUUGUGUACUGGAGACGUUGA